AUGUAUCCUAUUCAACCUUUACCUCCUCUUGUUGAUGUCCCUUAUGGUGGUGGACCAGGUUUAGGUACUCGCUAUGCCAUUCUGGCAUUGUUCACUUCGACACGUGUAAGUUAUGUAAUGUUACUUAAUGAACUUGUUGGAAUUAUAAUUGGACCACGUGCAAUUCCUAGUGGUAAUGGUGGUGGUGAUAGAAUAAUAAUAAUUGAGGGAACAUCAGAACACAUUAGUCCUGCACAAGCACUUCUUCAACAAGCUGUUCGUCAAUCUGGUCUUUGGCGACCAUAA